AUGGCAAUGGCAAAUGACAAAACAUUAUGUUUUACAUGUAAUGAAGAUAAAAUAACAUAUUCUUGUAAAGGAUGUUCAAAGGAAUUUUGUAUAACGGAUUUAACAGAACAUCGUCAACUAUUAGUCAAUGAACUACAUCAUAUCACGAAUGAAUAUAAUGAAUUUAAACAAACAAUGAAUGAACAAAAACAAAAUCCACAAAAUAAUUUAUUAAUAGAACAAAUUAAUCAAUGGGAAAUAGAAUCAAUUGAAAAAAUUCAACAAAAAGCACAAGAGUAUAGAGAACUUGUUAUUGCAUCAACACAAACAUAUAUUAAUGAUAUUGAAACGAAAUUUAAAGACUUGAAUGAACAAAUAAAACAAAUGCAAAAAGAAAACGAAUUUAAUGAAAUCAGUUUAAAUUAUUUAACAAACCAAUCAAUAGAAAUUACACAAGAAUUAAAUAAUCCAUCAAAAAUUUCUGUUAAAGAAGAUCUACAAUCAUUUAUUAAUGAAGUUUUAAUUAUUUCAUCAAAAAAAUCAAAAAUCAACAAAUGGAAACAAAAUGCCAUCACUGUGGCUGGUGGAAAUGGAAAAGGACAACAAUUAAAUCAACUCAAUUACCCUUUUGGAAUCUUUAUCGAUGAAAACAAAAAUGUUUUCAUUGCUGAUUGUACUAAUCAUCGUAUUGUUAAAUGGGAACAUAAUGCAAAGCAAGGACAAAUCAUUGCAGGUGGAAAUAAACAAGGAAAUCGAAUGAAUCAAUUGAAUUAUCCAACAGGUAUGAUUGUUAAUCAACAAAAUCAUUCCAUCAUCAUUGCUGAUUUGGCUAAUAGCCGAGUGAUUCAAUGGAUAAAUCUAAAUCAACAAAUUCUCAUUCGCAAUAUUGAUUGUUAUGCCUUGACAAUGGAUAAGCAUGGGUUUCUUUAUGUUUCUGACUAUAAGAAGAAUGAAGUAAGACGAUGGAAAAUGGGUGAAUACAACAACGAAGGAGUUAUAGUGGCAGGUGGAAAUGGACAAGGAAGUGGACUCAAUCAACUGAAUUAUCCUACUUUUAUCUUUGUUGAUGAAGAACAAUCCGUUUAUGUAUCAGAUUGCUUCAAUCAUCGUGUGAUGAAAUGGAGAAAAGAUGCAAAAGAAGGAACAAUUGUGGGUGGCGGAAAUGGUAAAGGAGAAAAUUUGAAUCAAUUAUCUUCACCUGAAGGAAUAGUUGUUGAUGAUUCAAGUCAAAUCUAUGUAGCAGAUAGUGGGAAUCAUCGAAUAAUGCGUUGGUGUGAAGGAAAAGAAGAAGGUGAAAUUUUUGUUGGUGGAAAUGGUGCAGGAAAUCAAUCAAAUCAAUUAAAUGGUCCUACUGGUUUAUGUUUCGAUGUUGAAGGAAAUCUUUAUGUCGUUGAUUUCGAAAAUGAUCGAAUUCAAAAAUUUAAAAUAGUUUUGUGA